CGUUAUUUGUCAUGUCACUCCGCAAACAUUCCUGUUCGUCCAAAAAAAGCAAAGAAGAGUCCAAUUUCUGGGACAUUGGAGGAUACACCCCAACCUGUCGUCGAAUAACCAACGGAAUAAAAUCACUCGACGACCUGAGAACAUAUUUGGGGGAGAGAGCCCAAUUAGCCCAGAACUACGCGAAAGAACUGAACGAACUGUCCAACAAAUGGAAAGGAAAACUCUCAAAAUCCCAGGAAUACGCCACAGCCCGACAGUUGUGGGAAGAAUUGCUGGAGGAACCCACAAAAACGUGUUCAGUCCAAGUCGAGUUGGGGAGGGCACUCAAUUCGAGACAGGGACAAGUAAAGAAGUGGAUAGUGGACAAACAGAGGGAGUUAUUCCACAACAAGAACAUGAAGGACCACCAAAGUCGAUUCCAGACAGUGAGGGGGUGAGUAAUGGGGUAGGCACAGAAGGAGUGGGCUGUGAGGGUCACCAAUAUGAGGAAGGCCAGGGAGGAGUACGACUGUGCCUGUCGGAGAGUCCACAAUUUUGAAUUGAAGAGGAAUAUAAGCACGUGUGAUCAGGGAGUGGUCCAAGACAGUGUCAAACAACAGGAAAAGGCCACAAAACUAAAGAAACAGCAACAGGAUGCCAAAAUGGUGUAUAUUGAGGCCAUUCGACUGGUGAAUGAGCGGAGGGAGUGCUACUCGCAGGAAAUGAUGAGAAUAUUCGAGUCCUGUCAGCAGGUGGAGAAGGAGAGGAUUGACUACUUCUCCAGCAUUGCCCUCCUCAUGGCGGAUCUCCUCCACAAACAUAACUGUGUGGACAUGUCUGCUGUUUAUUCCGCAAUCCAGGGAAGACUGACGGAGGCGGACCCUGAGAGGAGUCUGAAGUACUGGUUUGAUGUGAGAGGCCCCUCCUCCCCUCUGCCGGUCUUCGAGUUCCAGGAGUCGAACAUCAACGAGGAUGUGGAGAUAUUGGUGGCCAAGUCAGUCCGCCACUCCGCCCCGGCCGAGACAUGUUCAUACAGGCAGAAGAACAGUGUGGAGACGAAUGGAGGUAAGCAAGGGAGUGAGACGUACUCCCCUGGGGAGGAACAGCCGGUGGUGGCACUGUACGACUACGAGGCGGGGGAGGGGGAUGAGUUGUCCUUCCGAGCUGGUUUGUGAUGGGACUGACUGGCAGGGCAGAGAAUGAUGCGGUUCAGUCAGGAGGACGAGAAUGGGUGGGUUAAGUGUAUGGAUGACCAGGGACAGUAUGGAUUCGUCCCCUCCAAGUUCAUAAGGGAUCAGUUACUCCUCUAGUGAUUUAUUACUAACAUUUAUCAA